AAAGAGAGAGAGACAGAGAGAAAAUAAAGGCGUCGUGUCGCCUCCUUCCCCGCGAUUGGAUUCACAUUCACUGCUCCUCCUUCCACGCGCGCGCACCUCGUCUCCCCGUCGCCGCCGCCGCCCUCAAUACCAUGGCGUUCAUAUGUGCUUCCCGAUCUGGAGAGAAGACGAGUCGUGCCCAACCAAACCCAACCCGCAGAUGCAACCGCAUCUCGUUCCCCUCUCCCUCCGACACGGCCGCGCCCAACGGCGGCCUCCCCCCGCCGCUGCCCUCACCCUCUCCCUACAUCCAGCAGUCCCCGCGAUUGGAUUCACAUUCACUGCUCCUCCUUCCCUGCGCGCGCACCUCGUCUCCCCCGCCGCCGCCACCGACGCCGCCCUCAAUACCAUGGCGUUCCCGGGCGCAUUCGUACGUGCUUCCCGAUCUGGAGAGAAGACGAGUCGUGCCCAACCAAACCCAACCCGCAGAUGCAGCCGCAUCUCGUUCCCCUCUCCCUCCGACACGGCCGCGCCCACCGGCAGCCUCUCCCCGCCGCUGCCCUUGCCCUCUCCCUACCCAGGCCCCACAUCCAGCAGACGCGGCCAUGGCGUUCCCGGCAGCCGCGGUGUCUCGCCGUGGAUGGGAAGGAGAUCGGAAUCCUCCAUGGCCGGACGCGCUGAUGGGGAUCUUGCGGAUGCCGGGAAGAACCGCCGCUGCCAUCCAUCCAUGGCCGACACACAGCUCCUCAAGGUGCACGACAGAGCCAGCUGUGUGUGGUGUGCGCGGGGGAUUCUUCUUCCACCCCAGCAAUCUGGUCCAUCCCGUUUCUGUGGCAAAGGAGAUGCUGCCCCUGUGGACCUCCAGAUUGCUCUGGCCACCAACUUAUCUAGUGUUAAAGGGUUGCAAGCGAACCUUUCAGAAAUGAUAUUUAGAUUCUAGAACGGACCGAGGAACCAAGUGAACUUGAUGACUACUAUGUGAUUCCCGAGCCAGGGUUUGAGUAGCUACUGUUCUACCAAGUGAGGAUGAUGUUACGGUCGAUGAUGGCAAGAUCAGCGCCUUGGCAUACGACACCGCGUCGGUCGCUCUUGUUCAAGUGAGCAGUAGUGGGAUUCGUCUUCCAAUCCGGCAAUCUGGUAAAGCCACUGGUAGUGGUUACCUCCCUGCUCUACUCUACUCCACUUUUAUCCCAGCCAUAGCAGCAGUUGGAGCAUGUUAGCCAAUUAAGGCAGCGUGAGCAUGAGGAGAGCGAGCAGGAGAAGGAGAAGGAGGCAGGGCACCUACGGUCGGCUCCUUCUCCAGAACCACGCGGCGGGAAAGGAGGUUAGAGGACUUUUUCUUCUUGGGACGCCGCAUCCAUGGAGCUCCGACCCCAUUGCCACUGCCAUACAUGGAGCUCUGGCCCAUGGCCAACAGCUCAAGGUCUCGCCCCACCUCUCCUCUCUCUCUCUCUCUCUCUCUCUCAUUUCAAAUUGCUAGGAUUGGUGCUUCCCUG